ACAAUGGCUCCGGCCUUCCGGUUGUCCCUCAAGGCUAAAGUAAGUGACAACAUGAGUCAUCUGAUGGUCGACUUCUCUCCUGAGCGCCAGAUGCUUCAGGCCUUGAAGUUUUUGCCAGUCCCUAGUGCACCAGAGAUCGACACAUUGAAGUGCUUAGUGGCUGACAACUGUGUGACAGUCGUUUGGAAGAUGCCAGAGGAGGACAGUAAGAUUGACCACUAUAUUGUAGAAUAUCGUAAAACAAACUUUGAAGGGCCACCCCGACUGAAGGAGGACCACCCAUGGAUGGUUUUGGAAGGGAUAAAGGACACAGAAAUUACACUGUCGGGACAGAGGUUUGACACCAGAUACAUGAAUUUCCGGGUGAAAGCAUGCAACAAAGCAGUAGCUGGCGAGUUUUCUGAACCGGUCACACUUGAGACAAAUGCAUUUGUCUUCAAGUUGGAUCCCACCACGUGCCAUCAGAACCUGAAAGUGGAAGAUACAAGUGCAGAGUGGGAUGCCAUGGGAGGCAAAGUGCAGGAGAUCAAGACACGAGAGAAAGAGAACAAAGGCAGGACAGCCUCACCAGUCCACUCACCUGCAAGGUCUGCCUUGCAGUCUCCUAAAAGGAUUCCUUCUGGCAGGAGUGGCCGAGAUCGUUUCACAGCAGAGUCCUACACAGUCUUAGGAGACACUUUGAUAGAUGGAGGGGAGCAUUACUGGGAAGUGAAGUACGACCGGGACAGCAAGGCGUUUGGUGUGGGGGUAGCAUAUAGAACAAUGGGCAAAUUUGAUCAGUUGGGGAAAACUUCAGCUUCUUGGUGUAUACAUGUAAAUAACUGGCUGCAGGUCAGCUUUACUGCAAAACACAACAACAAGGCAAAAAUCCUUGAUGUACCAGUGCCAGACCUUAUUGGUGUUUACUGCAAAUAUGAUGAAGGUCAGCUUUCAUUCUACAAUGCCAGGACAAAGCAGCUUAUCCAUUCCUUUAGAGCAAAGUUCACACAGCCUGUGCUUCCUGCUUUUAUGGUAUGGUGUGGUGGACUUUCUGUUCAUUGUGGCCUUCAGGUCCCCAGCAUUGUACGAUGCUUGCAAAAGCGGAACAGCGGUACCAGCAGCUCCACUGCCAGCCUGACUUAGGAGUGGUAAUGGCUUUCCAGUCAACAGAACUGAAUCAAGGCUGCCCUUUAAGUGGCACCUGUAAAAGUGCUCUUGCCAGCAGAA